AUGACAGGAAAAGUUCCGGACGUUGUGCUAAUGACAACUUCCGGAAGCAUGCGCAUUGUUGGGGAGAUGAAGACACGGUGGGUUGUGGCCCUUGAUCUCGAAGCCGCUACCCUACCACACGAGGAGCCCCAUCUGAGGCAUAUACUAGGCGCAGAUCGCGGCUACAUGAAGAUGUCGGACAGAAAGUACGGUUUCAUAUCGACGUACGAGGGAACGAUAUUCCUAAAACAAGACUUCAAAAUGGGCUCGUGGACAUUGUUCCACGGUCAUGCAAUUCGCCAUUCGACAAAAGAACAAGAAGUGUUGGAUUUCGGGGACAAAUUUUCGCUGAGAGAAUGUUUCUGGUUUUUGAUCGGGUGCGACCUGGAGGAUGAUAUUGCAGGCAACUCCCUGCUUCUGCGGGAAUAG